AAUAGAACGUUUUUAGAAGUGCAACUAUGAUCGAGUCUAUUUGUAGAAUUCUAUCACCUCUGUGUUUCCGGAGGACAAUGUUGUUUUUAUCAAUAUUGGCCACUAUAUUGUACUUAACCUUCUUUUUAUUCUUCUAUUUUUGCAGAGACAACGUCAGGAUUUUUGGCAGCUAUUAUUAAAUUUCAGUGUUUUUCGAUGUAAAAAAAAACUUAGCAUUUGCUUAUUUUUUAAAUUUAUAUUUUAAAUUAAUAGUUUUAUUUGCUCGAAAACAGGGCUAAAAAUGAUUUGUUCAUCGAUAAUGUUGACAAGUGUUUCCAAAUCUUUGAUAUCCAAACAAAUACGGAAAUGCCACAGUGUGUUCGGUUACAAAGAUAUUUUGUUUCAAGAAAAGGGCAAUUAAAGAAAAAUGUUGCUACAUCAUCCAUCAUUUUAUUGUCAGCAAUCGGAGAGAUUCUCAAUAAUGCCUGUGACGAGCAACCAGCACGAGCUGGCGGUGGAGCUGAUGAAGCAAUAUUGUCUCCGGGAGCACGUGAUCGUGAAGGCCAGAAAGAUGGACCUGACCGCUGACAAGGCCCUGGACGAGUAUCUCAUCGGCAUAUUGAAACAAGGCAACACGUUACUAGCGAAAACCGAAGACGAUAAAACAGCGGGUAUAUGCGUGGGGUUCGCGAGCGCUCCCGUGGACUCCAGGAAUCUGCGGACCUAUGCUUUCUAUCGACAGGAUCCUAAUACAAAAGACUUCCUCAACUUCACGGCUAAGAUGCAGGAGACCCCCAAUCUGUGGGAAGUGUUCAAGCAACAGAAAAUAUUUGAGAUAAAGAUGUUGGCGGUACUGCCAGAUUUCCGGCGGCAGGGGUUGGCGGUGACCAUGGUGGAGAAGGCCCGGGAGACAGCCUUUGAUCAGGGCUUCAAGGUCAUCCGGAUGGAUUGCUUGAAUUCCUACGACUACAAAAUCGCCGAGCGCAACAUGAUGCAGUGUAUCGUGAAGUUUCCUCUCCACAAGCUGCGAGGCCCGCACGCUCCGUUCGUCAAGCGAAGCUCCAAGUACAACUGUCUCGUCAGGGUUUACGUGGACGCCAAGACCGAUGACAGACCGGACAGGAUCGCGAGGAAGCAACGGCAGGUCGAAUUGGAGAGCCUCAUCGAGUGAUAUUGGGAGAAAUGAGUAGAAAGGGGUUGCUAACCACAAAUGUUCAACAAUAAUUCAUGUAGACAGCAGUUGGCCCAUGGCGCCUGGCUCGUUGUGUCCAGAGAUUAUGUCUCCUCCUAAUAGAGAUCGCCAAUUCAAGAUCACUUGGAUGAAAUCAUUGUGCCUGCCUCUGUGGCGACCCCUUAAGGUGUAAAGAAGCAAGCUACGUGUCGUGGUGAUUCGACUUAUUUCUAUGAAACCAACGUUGGCGACGUAAAGCUCGGAAGCCAAUCCUACUUCAUAGAAAUACAUCACGCUUCGAACUUGCAUCAAUACUAAAAACAUAUCCAACAAUGAAAUCUCUCCUGAAACCAUUAUAUUAAUAUUUGAAAAAUCCAAAAGUGCGAAAAUGUGAGAAGUGUAGAAUAGGUUUCAUUCACACUUAUUAUGUUUGAAGUGUUGUUGAGAAAUAUGCGGUUAGAAUUUGAAUGUUUGUGAUUUAGGUGUUCUUGUUGUGCAAUGUAUGUUACAUAGUUGUUAUUACUGAAAUAUAAAUAAAUCGUUAUUGACGAAAAAGUUUAAUCUUC